AUGGCCCAGAUCAUUGCUUCUGCACGGACCCGCCAUGAGAUAGUGAUUGCUAAGAAUGAGCAGAUCAGGGAUCUUGAUGCCCAUGUUGGCGAACUGGAGGGUCUAAUUGAGGAGCGCGAUGUUCUCUUGGACAACAGGGAUGCUGACUUUGCACUUCUUGAGCAGCAGUUCACCGUCCAGCAGCUGGAGGCGGACGUGGUGGCCGUGCUCCCCGGCGUGACGCUGCGCCCGCCGGAGCUCAUCCCCGUGGGGCCGCUCAUUGAGCUCCAGCAGCAGCAGAGGCAGGAGGAAGACGAGGUGCGCAAGGACCUGAUCAAGGCCGCCGCCGACUGCGUGGAGUGGCUGGACGCGCAGCCGCCGCGGUCCGUGGUGUACGCGUCAGUGGGCAGCGUGGUGGUGCUGUCCCCCGGCGAGGUCAUGGAGAUGGCGCACGGGCUGGCAUCGAUGGGGCGGCCAUUCCUGUGGGUGGUGCGGCCGGACACCCAGCCGCACCUGCCCGCGGGGUUCCUGGACUCCGUGUCCGUGCGCGGCGCGGUGGUGCCGUGGAGCCCGCAGGAGCGCAUGCUGGCGCACCCGUCGACGGCGUGCUUCCUGACGCACUGCGGGUGGAACUCGAUGUUGGAGACGGUGGCAGCAGGGGUGCCCAUGGUGGCGUUCCCGUAG